AUGCCAAAGAGUCAAGGCUGCUCUAUUAGCCUGGCACACGGUAUGGCGAUUCCGAUCGAAAAGCUUGGGCUGGAGAACCUCCUUCAAGAGAGAGUGUAUAUAAAAUGGGUUGAUGAGAGCCAUCCUUAUACGUUAGGUUCUUGCUUAGCCGACAAUAAAGAGAAAACCAAUUUUCUUAUGAAAGUGGUCUGCGACUCAGAAAAACGUAUUCAUGUCUAUUUCUCCCUUAAAGUGACUCAUAAGCAUACUGGAAAAAACCGUUCAAUGGACAUGUUAUUGGUCGUCCCGCCGCACGGUAACUUUGAAUGUUACUCAAAAGCUUUUCCAAUAUCGGGGCUCGAUGAUUUGUCCUCCCAUGACGCAUCUGCCCUCCACGAAGCCGGUAUAAGUAAUUUGGAGCAAAUCAUUGUCUUAUCAUUCGAUCUACAGUUUACAGGAUUCGUUGUUAGAAAGGAGAGGGAAUCUGCGACUAUUUUACCUUCAAACUCCACCUCGAGUACAUUGAUGCAGAAACUCAGAUCUUUAUCUGUUACGAAAAGCUUUAAGGUUUAUAUCAGACCUUCCGACUACGCGCGUGCAAGUUUGAAAACGGUAAACGAGCGCUUGCGUGAUAAGGGCUCAUGGAUCUGCGAACCUGAUAUGCGGAAGAUGUACUCUCAACAAGGUAUUAUGAUAGUCGACUGGGCCCAAAUUAAAUAUCGAGAACUCAAAAGCAAACCACUGCCACCGCCACCGCCACCACAAUCGCAACCGCAACCACCACCAUACACCGAACAUGACGCACAAAGGUCGACUGACGUGCAGGUUCCUCGGUCACCACCAGUCGCAGAUGUGUAUUCGAACAAAGACAUCGUGCCGGCAACGCCGAGCCUUCUACCGGUGUGCCAUGGCAUUUUCUCGCCCGACUGUGAAGAGCCGUUAGAUGUCACAGACGACUUGGAUCUUGACGAUAUUCGCAAAGAUUCAGGGCAUGUCGAACCAUGUCCAGAGAUGGACUCGGAUGAGGAAUACCUUGCCGUGUUGCAUGCUCAACAAUGUAGUCAACAAGUAAGACAAAACACAGACUUGGAGGCUCUUCGGUUAGAAUUCACAGAGUGGUUAAAGGCAGCGAUGUCAAUAAACGAAAGUGUGUAUGGACACAGCGGACUAUCCAAAAAGUUAUUCGCUCUUGGUGACAGUGUCCAUGCAGCCAAUGUUGGAAUGUUUGACGCUAUUAGACCUUGGUGUUCUGCACUGUUCCUAUGCGACCCCAUAGAUUCAAGACCAACAGAUGAAUGGUUUGUCUCGGAUAUGGCUGGUCUCAUUAAAUGGGUUAACACAUUUCACCGUGGCGCUGAGAUGUCUAUACUAAUGGAUGAUUUCUUAAAGCUUGGUAAUGCUGCUCGCGUGUGUGACAAGAGUGAGUACAAGCGUUACAAGGCUGACUUUCUGCUUCGCAUAUGGAUCGAAUUUGACUGCUCAAGUAUUAGUAUCAACGGGGAGAGCAGAAAGGUCUUGUCCCGAAAAAGGAAUGUCUUGGAGACCUGUAGUGAUGUUACUAAACGAGCUAAAAUAACCACAUAA